AUGUACCAUUUUGGAGACCUGCACAUUGGGUCUCAAAAAGCCAAAGUAGCCCAUUUUUCCUCUAGCAUGUGGAGAGUUGUGUUUCUUGGAGAACUUGAUGACAGGGGUGACUCGCACUUAGGAAAAACGUUGCUUGAAAAGUGCAAAAGCUCUUCAGAACAUAACCCCACCCCAUUGAUCUACCCAGUAUCUGGUCUGAUCUCCACAUAUGACAGGCAUGUUGAAAUAAGCCUGGAUGUUGGUUUUGUUUAUCUUGAUCACCACAUUCCUGAAAGGGGGCCUGUAUUCACUGGACCAAGUCAGUGGGAGGGGAGGGGGUUGCUUUCAAGAGCACAGACCUGGAGAUUCCACCGUCUUGACCUGCGGCCCAGCUCUGCCUCUUACCAAAUUUCACCACCUCAGAAGAGGGAGGCAAAGGCUUGGCUAAACAGUGUUCCAAAGACCCAGGCUAGAGAGAAAUGGAUCCAUAUUCUUAGAACAGUGUCAGCCUCUUCUCCAGCUGAAACCCUGAACUGUCGCCACACCCCUAUGCAAGGCACUCUCCUGCAAGGAAAGCAAAACAAUAGCAGAGUAGGAAAGGAGACUGAGCCCCUUGUAUCCCAUCCCAGUGAACAAGUAGACUUUGAGAAAGACUUCUGUAUCACACACAAGCAGGUGAGCUAUAUUAUUGUCAAGGCACCUGAAAGCUGGAAGCUCCAGGCAAGGUGAGGAAAUAAUAAUAAUGUAAGUGAAGAAUAUAGAUCACAUCCUGGAGGUAUCUUUGCUGCAAAUGAUAACUUUUGAGCAUCUCCAACACAGGUCAUCAUGAUUUUGUGAUUUUGAAUU